UGAAAGAUGGAGUCUCAGAUCAAGCACGCAGUGGUGGUGAAAGUGAUGGGGAGAACUGGAUCCAGAGGGCAGGUGACACAAGUGAGAGUGAAAUUUCUCGAUGACCAGAACCGUUUCAUCAUGAGAAACGUCAAGGGACCUGUCAGAGAGGGUGAUGUUCUUACCUUGCUCGAGUCUGAGAGGGAGGCUAGAAGGUUGCGUUGAUUUCACCUAUUUUCUAUAUUCACAAGUUCGUGUUUCAAUUUUUCUGUUAUGUGGUACUCGUUUUUGAGACUUGUUUGAGUGCGAGACUUGGUAAUGUUAAAUGUAUGACAUUUGCGUUUACAAGUAAACUUUUGAUCUGACUAGUCAUGGUAGAAGGUUUUACUUCCAGCUUAUGACCUGUGUCGUCAGAUUUUGAAUGGAGAUUUCAUCAAUUCUGCAAUUGUUUAUGA